AUGGCGCCAAAGUCCAAGGACACCCUGGGGGUUCACCCUCCCCGGGCCUCGUCGCGCUCCCCCAGUCGGUCCCCCAGGCCCAAGAAUCGCAAGAAGGCCCCCGCAGUGAUCUCCAGUUAUGGAUCGGAUGGGGUCACAAAUAAUAACAUUUUCAAUCUGCCCUCCUCCGAUUACAAGGCGAUGGUUCUGUUGAUCUUGGUUGCCGCCGUUGUUCGUCUGUUUAGGAUUUACCAGCCGACGAGCGUUGUCUUUGAUGAAGUCCAUUUCGGAGGUUUCGCUACCAAGUACAUCAAGGGCCGCUUCUUUAUGGACGUUCACCCCCCUCUCGCCAAACUCCUCAUUACACUGGCUGGCUGGCUCGCCGGGUUUCAAGGCGACUUUGAUUUCAAGGAAAUUGGCAAGGAUUACAUCGAACCCGGAGUGCCCUAUGUUGCGAUGCGCAUGCUUCCCGCCGUGCUGGGGAUCUUGACCGUCCCCAUUAUGUUUUUGACCCUCAAAGCUACCGGGUGCCGUACCACCACUGCCGUGCUGGGGGCUGGUGCGAUCCUCUUUGAGAAUGGAUUGGUUACUCAGUCUCGUUUGAUCCUGUUGGACUCCCCCUUGGUGUUUUUCACUGCGCUUACCGCACUAUCGUUCUCGUGUUUCACGAACCAACAAGAAUUGGGCCCUUCGCAUGCCUUCCGCGGACCCUGGUGGUUCUGGCUGGUGGCGACUGGCCUAUCUCUAGGCGCUACUCUGAGUGUGAAGUGGGUUGGUCUGUUUACCGUUGCCUGGGUCGGCUCCCUUACGAUCCUGCAACUCUGGGUGGUCCUCGGUGACACCAAGAAUGUCACUCCUCGCCUCUGGUUUAAACACUUCUUUGCUCGUGUCUUCUGCCUGAUCGUUAUCCCCCUCGCGUUCUACUGCUCCAUGUUUGCAAUUCACUUCAUGUGCCUCGUCAAUCCCGGAGAGGGGGACGGCUUCAUGUCUUCAGAGUUCCAAGCCACCUUGAAUUCCAAGGGAAUGCAAGCUGUCCCCGCAGAUGUUGUCUUUGGCUCUCGUCUAAGCAUUCGCCAUCACCACACGCAAGGUGGAUACCUUCACUCCCACAGCCAUAUGUACCCCACCGGCAGCAAGCAGCAGCAGAUUACUCUGUAUCCGCAUAAAGACGAGAACAAUGUUUUCAUCGCUGAGAACCAGACCCAGCCCAUCGGUCCCGACGGAGAAAUUGAAGGCCCCUUCGCAUGGGAUAAUAUUACCGCCGAAUACAUUGAAGACGGCUCUGUUAUCAGGCUGAACCAUCUGAUGACACAGCGAAGAAUUCAUUCUCACAAUGAGCGUCCUCCCGUGACCGACGUUGAUUGGCAGUUCGAGGUUUCUGCUUACGGUUAUGAAGGCUUUGCUGGUGAUGCCAACGACUUCUGGCGUGUCGAGAUCGUCAAAUCGUUGUCAGACGGAGAAGAAGCCAAGAAGCGUGUGCGCACCAUUCAAACCAAGUUCCGACUAGUCCAUGUCAUGACUGGCUGCGUCUUGUUCUCCCACAAGGUUAAGCUUCCCGACUGGGGCUUCGACCAACAGGAAGUUACCUGUGCCAGAGGAGGCUCUCUGCCCAACAGCGUGUGGUACGUUGAAUCAAACAGUCAUCCCAUGCUACCUGAAGAUGCCGAAAAGGUCACCUACCGUGACCCUGGAUUUUUCGGCAAAUUCUGGGAGCUCCAGAAGGUGAUGUGGACUACCAACGCAGGGCUUACCGAAUCCCAUGCCUGGGAUUCCCGCCCACCUUCUUGGCCCACCUUGCUCCGCGGUAUCAAUUUCUGGGGCCGCGACCACCGUCAGGUCUACCUCUUUGGAAACCCAUUCGUCUGGUAUUCGUCUACUUUCGCCAUCGCCAUCUAUGCUAUUUUCAAAGGAAUCUCUCUUAUUCGUUGGCAGCGCAACUGUGGUGAUUACCGCAACGCCACUUUCAAGCGUUUUGACUAUGAAAUUGGUACCAGUGUUCUUGGCUGGUGUUUCCACUACUUCCCGUUCUAUCUUAUGGCGCGCCAGCUCUUCCUACAUCACUAUUUCCCAGCCCUUUACUUUGCUAUCCUUACCCUGUCCCAAGAAUUUGAUUUUCUUGCCAGCCGUAUCAAGAGUCUCGGCCUCCCGUCCCGGCCAGUCAUUGGGAAGGCAUUGACGGCUAUCUUCCUUGCACUCACUAUCUUUGCAUUCGCCCUCUACUCCCCUCUGGUUUAUGGCAACCCAUGGACCAAGGACGCCUGCCAAAAGGUCAAGCUCCUUAGUUCGUGGGACUUUGAUUGCAAUACUUUCUACACUGACCUUGAUCAAUAUGUGACUCAAUUCGCCAGCACGAACGCAGUGAUCCCAACAACCCCGGCACCUGUGGCCCAAGCGCCUCCGCCCGUUGUGCCCGAACCAGCGGGCAAGCAGCAGGAGCAGAACCCUGCUCAGGAAGAGAUUCAAGAGCCCAUAGUUACCUCUAGCACUCCACAGCUUCGUGGAUCUCAGGCGCGAGUGGAAUACCGUGAUCAAAACGGCAACGUUCUCGACGAAGAGGUGGUGGCAUCAUUGAGGAAGGAAGGCAAGGUCUCGUUUGAGACGAGACACGAAACCAGAACCCGUCUGGAAAAUGGCCACUUGGUUGACGUUGUCGAUGGCAAACUCGCACCCCCGCACCCAGAUGUUGAAGGUCAGAACCCCGAAACCUCUGGCAAGCAGGAGGAAGAGGCCCUGGACGACAGCCCGGCUUCUGCAGCUGGAGCCCAAAUUUCUGUUGAAGAACAGAGUUCUCCUGAGCCAAAACCGGCCAGUGAGGGAAAUGAAGCGACCAUUUGA